AUGGAGGAGCUGAGCCGCAAGGAGCCCGAGGUGGAGAAAGUCACCAAGAACUGCAAGCGUAAAGUGUUCAUGGAGGAGCUGAGCCGCAAGGAGCCCGAGGUGGAGAAAGUCACCAAGAACUGCAAGCGUAAAGUGACUGAUACACGAGCGACCAAUACACGCAAGACCAUUACCAAAAGACAAAACUCGGUGAAAUCGCCCCAGGCUGGCCCCUCCAUUCCUCUCCUGGACCUCGCCCCGCACACCCCACACAUGGCACAGCUCCUCAACCGCUGGCAGCAGCUCUGGCUCCUGGCUUUGGACCGCCAAUGUCGCCUUCAGAAUGCCCAACAGCGGCUCCAUGAGCUGCAGGAAUUUGCGCAUUUUGACUUUGCGGUGUGGCGGAAGAGAUACAUGCAGUGGAUCGGUCAGAUGAAGUCGCGGAUUCUGGACGUCUUCCGAGGAAUUGACCGCGACCAGGACGGACGCAUCAGUCAGCGCGAGUUCAUGGACAGCGUGCUCUCCUCCCGAUUUCCCACCAACUCUCUGGAGAUGACGGCCGUGGCAAACAUUUUCGAUAUAAAUGGUGACGGAUUCAUUGACUAUUAUGAGUUUGUGAGCGCGCUGCACCCCAGCAGAGACCCCAUGCGGAGGAUCGUCGACGCCGACCGCAUUCAGGACGAGGUGAACCGGCAGGUCGCUCAGUGUAACUGCGCCAAGCGAUUCCAGGUGGAGCAGAUCAGCGCCAACCGCUACCGAUUUGGCGAAUCCCAGCAGCUGCGCAUGGUGCGGAUCCUGCGGAGUACGUUGAUGGUGCGGGUCGGAGGCGGCUGGAUUGCGCUGGAUGAGUUCCUGGUGAAGAACGAUCCAUGUAGAGUGAAAGGUCGGACCAACCUUAAAAUUAACGAGAAAUACCUCUCCCCUGAAUUCUCUCCGUCCACUGGGAAGUGUUCAGGGAGCCAGUCCGCAUCGAAGGGGAUGUCUCCCAGCAGGUCGAAUUCCAGCCUGACUCUGUACACCAGUGCCUCGGCCCCCAACAGUCCGCAGACCAGAAAGGCUGUCCUUCGGAGAACCCGAUCCGGCGACCGAUGUCAAAGGUCCAGGUCAUCUCUGACCACAGAUGGGGCGGACUUAAAGUUCUUAGCAGCUGAAGACGGCACCAAUUCCACCUCAACAGAUAAAACGGACGCUCCUCCGACAUGACCUCCUGUGACCUCUGUCCCCCCCCGGGAAGCUCAUCAUACUCCAGAUCUGCCGAAUAGGAAUCUCUGGGCUGGCCCAUAGCAUGGCAGAUAAUGCUCCUGACAUCUGCUUGUCGAGAGGCCUCUGGCAAUGGAGGCGACCAUGACACUCUGAGACUUGGGGGCUCCAGAGAGUCAGACUUGUUGCCUCUCCAUGGAGCUCAAUGAGAAUGGGGGUCACCGCCGCGUGACAUACUGAAUGACUGCGUUGUGUGUGAAUGAGGUGACAUCACUCAGCUUCAAGAAUAAUA